AUGGCCCAUGGCGUGGUCGCCUGCCCGGCGGAAGCAGGCGGUGCACAGCGUUUUCUUGGGCUUCUGCCACUUGUCUGGCAAUGGCAACGCCAGGGUGUUCGCCCCGAGCGCAUGCCCAUGGCAAUGCGCCAGGCGGAUUGCAGCCAAAACUGCUGCAUCGCCCUGGGCCCGGACUUUGGCAAUACACAGGCUGCAGUAGGCAUUGACGUCGUCCUCAUUGCCAAACUGCAGGAGUAUCCAGGCCCGGCGGACGCACAACGGCUUGAGCGCAAGGCCAUUGAGCUUGCGCCUGGCCGCCCAAGUCCGGAGGCGCUUGUUGUACAGCUCGAUCUGGUCCGCCCAUUGUGGGAAGUUUUUGGCGGCUUGUCCGAAGAGGACCCGCCCGAGGAGGCGGAUGUUGCUGCAUGCCGCCCGAUGGGGGGCGAGGCCGGGGUGGCCACCGCCGUGGGCGCAAUGGGUUGGUUGUGCCACAUGUGCACCAAGAUGGCUGCUGAGCGUCCGCCGUGUCUUUUGGCUUGUGUGAGGUGCUGGCGAGUCGGUGUAGCCAGCCGCCCACAGUGUCACGACGGCCGCCUUGAAUUUCUCGAGGUCAGCGCCCAUGAGGGCGAGAGUGGCGGUGCGGUUGAUGUUGCCAAUCCGGCAGACAUCUAUGAGACCCGGUGUACAACACACCCGACAAGGAAACGCCUACGCCCUCGAGCAGCUCGGCUAGCCAUGGCGGCCCGCCUGGCCCACCAGAACCAGUCAGUGCGGGAGGGACCGACCUUGUGGUUCCAUUAUGCGAUGUUCAUCCUGGGCGGCCACUAUGUGGACGACUUUAACGGCGUGGACGGUGACGACCUGGCCAACCGUCCAAGGGCGAUUAGCGGCGUUGUCUAUGCGGACGCCUUCUUCCUGGAGGGUGAGCUCAUGCAUAAGGCAGGAUGGGUCCCGGCCGAUGCCCCCAUGUCCCGCUCCCACAGAGCGUCCAAUGGCUGGGGCUACGUCGUCCGCGUGGGCGUCCUCGCCCAGAUCUUGGCGGUGGUUGCGCUGGCCAGAGUCUUGCCCAAUGACUGGGUGGCCUUCAUCGACAACGCCGCCGGCCAAUGGGCGCUCAACAAAGGCUAUGGCCGCGACAGCUCCGUGAAUGGUCUCUUGUCCGCCUUUUGGUCUCUGGCGGCUAUGCACUCAUGGCGGCCCGUCUUCUACAGGGUCACCUCCGAGGCCAACAUUGCUGACCCGAUAUCCAGGACGGACUGUACCUUGGCGGUUCGCCACGGAUGGCAACAGGUGGACACACCCCUCGACCAGGUCCUCGAAAUCCUGGCAUGGGCCGCCGAUGACAUCACCUAUGCCGUCCACGGGGCGGCUGCUGACCUGACUGCCCUCAUUUUUCCGGUGCCGGCGCGAUUCGGGGGAAGGGGCGCCGGACGGGGAGCAGAUGUUGUCGCCAGCGAGGCUACGGAGAACGAUCUCGAUGGUGAGCUGUCCUUUGAUGAGAUUGACAUGAACGAGCUUGAGGCGGAGCAGGUCCUAGAGGUCUGGAAUCGCUUCAACUCCUUCUACGACUCGGCAGAGGUGGCUGGUGAGGCCAUGUUUGAUGCCAUCCUCGAUGCAGCGCCUACCCUCGGCUUCAAGCACCUCAACCUUGAAGUUACUGGCCCUCGUGUACAGCUGCUCUUCAGCAUUGGGAUGGUGCGCGAUGCUCUGGUCGAACUUGUUGCCAGCGAAGUGAUUGCCUCUCACUCUCGGCAAGCACUUGUCAGCUUUAUCAAGGUCCUCAACUACAUAGGUGGAGCGCUGGUGUAUAUACGCUCCACGUAUUCAGAACGACUGAAGAUACUGUCGGCGAGCUGGACCGAGGCAAACAGAGACCGUAAUAAGGAACUGGCCCAGAUUAGCAAGCAGAAGGCGGAGGAUCAGGAGGUGGGAUCCGGUAUGAUCAUUGCCAUUGUAUUUCUGCUGGUAUUGUGGUUGGAGCAGCAUGUGCCCAAGACGUUCUAUGCUUCUUGGCUGUGUUUUGGUGCUGGCCUUGACAUGGACAUGUUCUGCUUCAAUGCCGCCGUCAUGGACCUGUUACAGGACUGGAUGUUUGAAAUUUUGGAUGCCUUUGACGACAUUGUGUCCAAUGAGGAAUGCGAUGUUCUCACCUUGAAGAUGUCCAAGUUGGAUGGGGAGAUCCACUUGACUGACUUCAAAGUCGAUGCGCGCCUAAGUACUGUUGAGGAUUUCGCACCAGAGUAUCCAACCAAAAAAGUCAGUGCUUUUCCCUAUGCAUUCCUCUUCGUGGGCUCCCGUAAAAUGAGUGCAGCAGAGGGCGUCUAUGCUAAGGACUCUGCUGGAAGCCGAGAUGGGGAAGGCUUCAGCCAGGGCAGCUCAGCUGCCAAGACAUUGACGAGAUACUUGGCAUCCUUAGAUGAGGAAGCUCGCGUGGAGAUCGGAGAAGCAGUAUACGGCCAGGAGCUCUACGAGGACUUCCUAGUGGUCAUAGGAAUCAAAAGCAAGUCGUUUGAGAUGCGAAAGAAGCCAGUCUUCAGUCAGAUUUCUUGCAAGGAUCCUUAUGGUAUGGUCGGGGAGCUUUCAGCCCUUGGUCUGCGACACGUGGGCUACGCUGAAUUUUUUGGGCCUUUCGUGAGCGCUUUCAUUGAUGUCGCCAAAAACCGUGUCGAUGACGAAUCAAUCAUUGACAGCUUUGCCUGGUCGUUGGGGCUGAUGUCUCGAAUGCUGGUUCGAACGAUCAAGGAAGGCUCCACGAUUGUCAUGAAGGCCAUCAACCAGAAUUCCAAGGAAUUGCUGGGAAGUGCGCUCAUUUGUGCACCGCGUGGUGAACGCUUCAAUUGGGUCCUCACUGUCUCAGUGGGAACAAAAUCGAUCUCACCCCUGGAAUGGGCAGUCACCAGUGGCAAUUGGACGGCUGCUGAGCUUAUCAUCCAGGACCUGUUGACCAUCCGGGCAGACCGCGAGAAGUACUAUUACGGCCUCGAUGCCUUGUUUGAGCGGCAUCCAGAUAUCAUCCAGAUGCUUUGCACGCAGGCCCAGUGUCUGCUAAAGACGUUGCUUGAUGGAAUGGUAUGGCACUCCCACUUAUCGUCGAAUGGGCUGCGGCGGACAAACUAUUACAUCAAGCAUCUGAUCGUAGAUGGAAAUGGCAAAUUUGCCCCUGCAUUCAAAUCUAUUGUGAAGCUGAAGGAUCCGCAUGUCGCUGUACACACUGUGUUGCUGCGGCUGACUGACAUACUCUGGACAGGCUUGAUACGUUCCAGGUUCAUCUUCGGCAGCACGUGGCUUCUCUUCAGCUUUACCUUGUUUGUUCUGAGCCAUGGCUUCCUCAAUCAUGAAUGGGCGCAGGCUGAGAUGGCAUCGCGAGUUGCUAUGUUCAGCUGCCGGUGUAUCAUCUACUUUCUAGGCAUGACUCAGCUUAUUUAUGGCCGUGUUCGCCACGUCUGCAAAGCCUUUAAGGAUGGUGAUUUGGUCAGCAUAGCUCGUGUACCAAUUCCUAGACGGCUUGUGGAAAAUUGGCGUGAAGCGAUAUCAUGCUUGCUGGCAGCGUCUCUCAUCGUCACGUUCUUUAUCGAGCCUGUGCUGUAUUGCUUGCAGCACUACGAGGGCGAUUUCCCUGGCGCAGGCCGUUUCACGGAUCUCUGCCCGGAGGCCCAGGGUGUCCGUGAAGUGUAUUCCGUUCUCUCCUUGUUCAUUGUGGGCUUGUAUAUGGCAUUGCUUGUGGAUCUUGCGGCUUUAUCGAUCAAGUUGAACGCCUACGUUCUGGUGGCAAUAAAUGUUUUACCUGAAUUGCUUCUCAUGCUCAUCGCGGUGACCUUCUUGGCGGUUAUGUUUUCUGCCUGCGUGGCAGUCAGUGGCACUUCUGUCGAAGCUUUCAAAGACAUGCCGAGCGCUGGCCUUCGCUUCUUCCAGAUUGCGACAAAGAUGCAAGACAACCGAGGAAUGCCCGAGUUCUCCACGUUUCCUUUGCUCAUGGUUGCGCUUGGUUUGUUUGUGAUCGCUGUCGUGUUCGGCGCCUUCAACAUAUUUGUGGCGCAGCUCACCUGUGCCCAUCAGGAGAUCUAUGAUAGCAUGGUUGGCUUUUCCAUCCUGAGGCGGAUGCAAAUCACCAUUGACACAAUGCAGACACUCCGCAGGCGCAACUUCCAGCAGUUUGUGGACAGCCUCGUCUUGGAUGAGCCGCUUGAGUUUGGGGAAGGUGACAUCGGUCUGCCCGGGGGUGUGCAAAUCAUGGAGAGCGCCUCCCUGCAUCCGCAGAACCAGGAGAGCAUCCUCAGGUUUGGUGGCUCCACGGAGGCCUCUAUGCAGUGGCCAAAGGAAGAAGUCCCAGAAGAAGUAACUGAUGAUGUGAGGUUGGACCGCUUGGUGAAGAAAUUCAACAAAUCGCUCUUGAAUCUUUGGCGGUUGGAAAGAAGUCAAUUCACGAUUUGUUUUGGAAAUACCUUUCGUAGGUUCAAGCUAAGACGCUCAUCCUUGUGGCGAUCAGCUUGGAACUGA